AUGUUAAGACAGGUGAAACAAGCACCAAUACAAAAAUUUUUGCAGAGAACGCAGCAAAUAAAACGAAGCACCCCUCGAAUAUACACUUCUCUGCAACUCAAAAGAACUAUCUGCAGUUCGAAUGGAAGACCUCAGAUAGCAAAUAGGUCUCCUCUAGAACUGAAAACUGCACUGAAUAAUACAGUUAUCUCGGCCUUUGCACUAAAAAAUUUACCAAAUGUAUCCAAUUUCAAGAGAACAUAUGUCCAGAUGAGAAUGGAUCCAAAUCAACAACCAGAAAAGCCAGCUUUAGAGCAAUACGGCACAAAUUUAACAAAGUUAGCACGAGACGGUAAACUGGACCCCGUCAUUGGUAGAGAUGAAGAAAUCGCAAGAGCUAUUCAAAUUUUAUCGAGAAGGACAAAGAAUAAUCCAUGCUUGAUCGGUCGAGCAGGUGUUGGUAAAACUGCUCUAAUUGAUGGGUUGGCUCAAAGAAUCGUUGCUGGGGAGGUACCUGAUUCAUUAAAAGAUAAAGAUCUAGUGACUUUAGAUUUGGGAUCUUUGAUUGCUGGUGCUAAGUACAGAGGUGAGUUUGAGGAACGUUUAAAGAAGGUAUUAGAAGAAAUUGACAAGGCCAAUGGUAAAGUAAUUGUUUUCAUUGAUGAAGUUCACAUGCUACUUGGCUUGGGUAAAACUGAUGGUAGUAUGGACGCCUCUAACAUAUUGAAACCAAAAUUAGCGCGCGGGUUACGUUGUAUUUCCGCAACUACUCUAGAUGAAUUCAAAAUCAUUGAAAAAGAUCCGGCUUUGUCUAGAAGAUUUCAGCCCAUUUUACUGAAUGAACCGAGUGUCUCAGAUACAAUAUCUAUCCUAAGAGGAUUAAAGGAAAGAUAUGAAGUCCACCACGGUGUUAGAAUCACAGAUACUGCAUUAGUCUCUGCUGCAGUUCUUUCAAAUCGUUAUAUAACAGACAGAUUUUUACCUGAUAAAGCCAUUGACCUAGUCGAUGAAGCCUGUGCUGUACUACGUCUACAACAUGAAUCCAAGCCAGAUGAAAUACAGAAAUUGGAUCGUGCUAUAAUGAAGAUUCAAAUAGAGUUAGAAUCAUUAAAAAAAGAAACUGAUCCGCUAUCAGUUGAAAGGAGAGAAGCGCUGGAAAAGGAUCUAGAUACGAAAAAUGACGAACUAAGUAGAUUAACUAAAGUAUGGGAUGCCGAAAGGGCGGAAAUUGAAUCCAUCAAAAACGCCAAGGCAAAUUUGGAACAGGCAAGAAUUGAAUUAGAAAAAUGCCAAAGGGAAGGUGAUUAUACUAAGGCGUCUGAGUUGCGCUAUGCCAGAAUCCCUGAUCUAGAGGAAAAAGUCGCCUUGAGCAAAAAGAGUAAGGAUGGAGAUAAAGUAAAUCUACUGCAUGAUUCAGUUUCUUCAGACGACAUUUCUAAAGUUGUUGCCAAAAUGACUGGUAUUCCUACAGAAACUGUGAUGAAGGGCGACAAAGACCGUUUAUUGUACAUGGAAAAUUCAUUGAAAGAGAGAGUCGUUGGUCAAGAUGAGGCCAUUGCUGCUAUCUCUGAUGCUGUACGUCUACAAAGGGCUGGUUUAACUAGUGAAAAGAGACCAAUUGCUAGCUUUAUGUUUUUGGGUCCUACCGGUACUGGUAAAACUGAAUUAACCAAAGCUUUGGCUGAAUUUCUAUUUGAUGAUGAAUCUAAUGUGAUUCGUUUUGAUAUGUCAGAAUUUCAGGAGAAACACACCGUUUCCCGUUUGAUCGGUGCUCCUCCGGGCUAUGUCUUAAGCGAGUCUGGUGGCCAAUUAACCGAAGCUGUUAGAAGGAAACCAUAUGCAGUGAUUUUAUUUGACGAAUUCGAAAAAGCCCAUCCUGAUGUCUCUAAACUGUUGUUGCAAGUGUUGGACGAAGGUAAACUGACCGAUUCCUUAGGUCAUCAUGUCGAUUUCCGUAACACAAUCAUUGUGAUGACCUCAAACAUUGGACAGGAUAUUCUAUUAAACGACACAAAGCUGGGUGAUGAUGGUAAGAUUGAUGUCGCAACAAAGAACAAAGUUAUUGAAGCAAUGAAGAGAUCGUAUCCGCCAGAAUUCAUUAAUCGUAUUGAUGAUAUUCUAGUCUUUAAUAGAUUAUCCAAGAAAGUCCUAAGAUCAAUUGUUGAUAUUAGAAUUGAAGAAAUCCAGGACCGUUUGGCCGAAAAGAGGAUGAUGAUUGAUUUAACUGAUGAAGCAAAAAACUGGUUAACAGACAAAGGUUAUGAUCCACUAUAUGGUGCGAGACCAUUGAACAGAUUAAUUCAUAGACAGAUCCUGAAUUCAAUGGCGACCUUCUUAUUGAAAGGUCAAAUCAGGAAUGGUGAGACAGUUAAAGUUGUAGUAAAAGGCGGCAAACUUAUUGUGCUGCCAAACCACGAAGAAGGUGAAGUGAUUGAAGAGGAGGCUGAAAAAUAG